AUGAGAGCCGCUGCGCCGGCCGCCAGGAGAUCAUCGUGCGUCCGUGCUGGGAGCCAGGUGCCCCAGCCCUUCCACCUUCCACGGCUCCACGCCUUCGUUUGCAGCGCGCAGCGCGCCCGGCCACUGCCCUCCGCCGGCGCUUCCCGGGCACGGGCACCAACCACGCCCACGCCCACGCCUCCGCGGCCGAGCGGCACCGCCCAGGCCCCAGGCACCCACACCGGCACUGCCCAGGCCAGGCCUUGGCUCCGUCUCUACGGCCAGCUUAUGUAUCUCUACUGUGAUUGUGCUUGCUGUGACCAUCCUCCUGUUCGAUGGAACCGUGCAGUGAUGUCCAACAGAGACGAGGUGUCUGUUGUUGUCAAGUGCUUGCGGCUUGGCGCCGCCGAGUACCUGGUGAAGCCGCUGCGCACGAAUGAGCUGCUGAACCUUUGGACCCAUGUGUGGCGGCGGAGACGGAUGCUUGGUUUGCCCGAGAAAAACUUCUUCAAUGACAACUUCGAGUUGGUGCUCUCAGAACCUAGCGAUGCCAAUACCAAUAGCACCACCCUCCUCUCAGACGAGACCGACGAUAGGCCUAAAGGAAACACGAAUCAAGAAACAGGCACCUCAAAGCAACUUGAAUACGAGUCUAAUCCUUCAGUUGCUGAGCCCGACCAGAGAGAAAAGAUGGAGGGUGUUCCAGGCUCUGCCCUAGAUGCCAGUAAAAAAUCCUCUCCGAGAAGAGCGUUUUCACGCCCUAUAAAAACUAACCUGAGGGUUGCCGAGUCGUCUGCAUUUCUAGCAUAUGUCAAGUCAAGCACCCCAGCCACCAGCUCAUUUGACAGCGAAUUACAAAGGGGUGGCAGCCGAUUAGAUUCCUUGGAUAACCAGGGUAAUUGCUCUAGCGCAACCGAUAGAAGUGACACCGGUACUGAUGUAAAUAUUCGGAACAAAGAAGCUUUUGAGAUGCCUGCGCAGUACCCUAUGGGAUGGUAGAGCACAACAUGGCACUUUCGUCGGCGCAAGAUUUUCAAGCAAACAUAAACAAUGCUCAAGCACAUACACCGCAAGAAGG